GCAAGUACUCGCCAGCGAACCCAGCUUGGCUGUUCAUAAAAAGGUGACGGUUGAUGGGUGCAGGAUAAAGCACUGGUCCUCAGUCCAGUUCUCGCUGUCAUUUGAACAUUAUGGCUUCCACUCGUACGGGCAACAUACCCUUCCGGGAAUGGGAAACGCAUUACGAAAUUUUUGGCGAUCUCGAAAAGUCAUCGCAUCCUCCGCUAGUCGUGCUCCAUGGUGGACCCGGAGCUACAUACCGGUAUCUUUUACCUAUCGCUGGCAUAACGGAGAAAUUCGGCAUCCCGGUCAUCUUCUAUGACCAACUGGGAUGUGGCGAGUCGACACAUCUACUUGACCAGCCCAAGGAGUUUUGGAGCGUCGAUCUAUUCCUCGAGGAACUCGACAAUGUCCUCGAAAAGCUUGGAAUCAAGGAUAACUAUUACCUCCUGGGCAACUCAUGGGGCGGCAUGCUCGGGUCUCAGCAUGCUGUCGCCAAACCGAAGGGGUUGAAGAAGCUUGUCCUGGCCUGCACAUUGCCCAAGACGCGCAUGUGGGCGGAUUCGUGCAUGCGCUUGCGUGCAGCCAUGCCAGAUGAUGGGGGUGCGAAGCUAGAGAAGCAUGAGACUGAAGGGACAACAGAUUCGGCGGAGUACGAGCAAUUGUCAGAGUGGUUCGACUCGCACCACGGGUGUCGCGUUCGGCCACUCCCAGAGGUGGUUAGAGCCACCUACGAGUAUCUAGGCAAGAAUCACGUCGUCAAUGAUGCUAUGUUUGGACCGAAGGAUACUGACCCCACUGGCAAUAUCAAGGAUUGGUCAAUCAUCGACCGUCUGCACGACAUCGAAGCUCCCACUAUGGUCUGCCACGGCGCAUACGAUCCGGCAGACGACAUCGUCGUCAAGCCAUUUUUAGACAAUAUCCCUCAUGUGACGAAGUACUUCAAGUUCCCCAAUUCAUCCCACAUGCCCCAAGUGGAGGAGACGGAGUUGUACGUGAAAGAGGUAGGGGAGUGGCUCGCCGCCUGA